AUGGCUCCACCGCCCGAGCCGGCAGAGAGCGCCGCCUGCGCUCGCAGCGCAUCAAUCAUUAGCCGGCGCGGCGGAGGAGGCGGGCACAGAGCAGAAGCCGGCAUCCAGUUCUGCCGCGGGGCACUCGGGGCCCCAAGCCGGGCAGGGUCUCGGUCUCCUCCAGCGGCAGGGGCUGAAUUACCGCGAGGGUGGGCUCCUCUGCAGGAGGAGCCGCCGCCGCGCGUCGGCUGGGGCGAUGCUGCCGCUGCUGCAAUGAGUGAUGCUGGCGGGGGGCGGAGGAGGAGAAGCAGAAAUCCACUGCAAUUCCUCCUCCGGCGGCAGCGGGGAAAGCGGCUUUUCCUUCGCCGGAUCACAUCGCCAGCCCCGCUCGCUCCGCGGCUCCGGGGCCCCAAAGGCGCCCUCUCCUGCCCCCACCGCCACCCCCGCAGAGGAGCAGCGCCGCGGCGGGCCGAGGGGGCUGGGGAGGGGGGCAGCAUGCCUGGAGGCCGGGCAGCAAAGGACCAGGCGCCUCCCCCUCCUCCCUCUGCCCCCCUGCUGCGCUGGGACGAGGUGCCCGAUGACUUCGUGGAGUGCUUCAUCCUGUCGGGCUACCGGCGGCUGCACUGCAGCGCCCAGGAGUGCCUGGCCUCGGUGCUGCAGCCCACCAACGAGACGCUCAACUUCUGGACCCACUUCAUCCCCCUGCUGCUCUUCCUGAGCAAGUUCUGCCGGCUCUUCUUCCUGAGCGGGGCCGGCGAGCUGCCCUUCCACCACCCGCUCCUGCUGCCCCUCUGGUGCUACGCCUCGGGCGUCCUGCUCACGUUUGCCAUGAGCUGCACGGCCCAUGUGUUCAGCUGCCUCUCGCUGCGCCUGCGUGCCGCCUUCUUCUACCUGGACUACGCCUCCAUCAGCUACUACGGCUUCGCCAGCACCGUGGCUUAUUCCUACUACCUGCUGCCCGGCCUGCGCCUGCUGGACGCGCGGGCCAUGAGCCGCUACCUGCAGCAGCGCCUGGGCUGGCAGCUGGACUGCAGCCUCCCCAUCGCCCUCUACAGCGCCCUGGUGCUGCCGGUGGCCUUCGUGCUGGCCGUCACCUGCACCGUGGCGUGCUGCAAGAGCCGCUCCGAGUGGUGCGCCUACCCCUUCGCCAUCCGGACCUUCGUCUUCGCCAUGCCCCUCAGCAUGGCCUGCCCCAUCAUGCUGGAGAGCUUCCUCUUCGACCUGCGCGGGCAGAACCCCACCCUCUUCCUCUACUUCUACAGGCGCUACUUCUGGCUCCUGGUGGCCGCCUUCUUCAACAUCAGCAAGAUCCCCGAGAGGAUCCAGCCGGAGUUGUUUGACAUCAUCGGGCAUAGCCACCAACUCUUCCACAUCUUCACCUUCCUCAGCAUCUAUGACCAGAUGUACUAUCUAGAAGAAGGGCUGCUGCAGUUCCUCAAAUCCCCACCUGCCUCCCCUACCUUCCUAGGCACCAUCGGAUAUAUGCUGCUCUUAAUGCUUUGCCUGGGAAUGGUCAUAAGGAAAUUUUUGAACGUUGCAGAUCUCUGCAAACAGGACUAGGCGGCCAGGUAUAUUUAUUCCUAUUGUGAUUCCUGUUCCUAUUCUUUUUAGAAGAUGCUGCAAAAUUUAAGUUAAAGGUACAAAGGAACCUGGUACCUUUCUAUUGAAAGUGGUUGUUUCCUCUUGUCAAUCACUGAACUGCUAGAAUACUACUAUUACUUUUAAAACUACUAGGUUCCCAAGGGAAGAAAUCAAGCACUAUUGUUUAUAACUAUUCCUACAUUGUUGUUUAGGACACAAGGUGAAACCACUUAGUAUUACUGUUUAAUCUGCUAGAAAAAAAUGCAUGAACUGUGAAAGCCCCUUUACUAACUCCAGACUGUUGAGGAGGUUGUUUAGGACACAAGGUGAAACCAUUUAGCACUACUGUUAAAUCUGCUAGAAAAAAGAAUGCAUGAACUGUGAAGUCCCCUUUACUAACUCUAGACCAUUUAGGAUAUUAUUUAAAUCAGCAAUAUAUGCACCCGCACCAGGAUUAGACACACAGAUUCUUAAUCAAGUCCAGUGUGGAAUUCCUUAGCAGAUUAUGCACUGAAGUUCUUCUUCUGUGCUACUGUAAUAGCCCUUUGAGGUCACAGGCAGUGGAACUGGAUUUUAAAUGCAAACAAGCUGACUGCUGUCCAUAGUCCCUCACCCUCCCCAGUGUUGUGUUAUAGCUGUUGUGGCAACUAAGCUACAGUUAAGAUUUUAGAGAGAAAGAUAAAAAACAACUGCAAACUAUUAGGGAGCUAUAAUUUGAUCAAGGAAUUUUGUUCAUAUUUUGUGACUGAAGCUUGAAUGGUUGGUAUUGUCAUUCCAAGGCAAAACAGAAAUACAGAGCCAGAUUCUUCACUGGUGUAAAUUGUCACAGUUCCACUGAAGCCAUUGUACCAGCAGAGGAUCAAGCCCAGAGAACCAAAACCUAAUUCCCUACUCACACAAAGCUCCCAUUGACUUCAAUAGGAGGUUUGUGGAGCAGAGAACAUGAUUUCACCCAAAGGCCCUAAUCCAACAUCUGAUUUAUUUUUUAAAAUUAUGAAGUAUAUUGACCUGAUUUCUGCUUCCCCUCUUCUUCUGCUCUUUAGUUACUUGGGGCCAGAUUCUGUCACCUUUAGAUUACUGUAGAAUAAGAUACUACUGAAUGUGCAUAGGAACUACUGAACGACUUAUAGGAGGCAGAAUCUGGCUCUAGAUAAGUACUCAGUUUUAUAUUUUGACAUCCUUCCCCUGCUGCUUCAUAAUUCCAUUUACCUCUGUGACAGAUGGACAUUUUAAAGCCCUACCUAAGUGGCUGUGCUGUUGAUGUUUCAUAGGACAGAAGUUUUAGUUGGGUGACUCUUCCAGUUUACAGGUUAACAACACCAUACCCAUGAACAGAUUUUUUAAAAAAUACAAAUGUGCAGUGUCUUUGCACAGUAACCUAGGUAUUAUCAGCAAAGAGAUGACUUAAUUAUUAACAACAUACUACUGAUACGAAUAAAGAUUUUGUAGAUUAUAAAUGGACUGGGUUUUUAACAGAAAUAUUUUAAAGUUAUAUGAAUGGACAAACAACAAGCAUGCAAUAAUAUAAUACAAGGAAAUUACGGUCAAAGUUCAGGUGGCAAACUACUUGUUAUGCUCCAUUUUUAAAAUGUAUGAUGUUGCUCCUUACUGGAACUCUAGUCUUAUAUUGCACAAUAACUUAACUAUUUUUUAUACAGGGCAGAUUCAUCUCUACCUGUGGAAAUACGUUUCUGCCUAUAAAUUUGUUUUCAGAUAUGAUGCAUCAAGCCUCAAUUAAGUAUUUGGGGCCCAAUCUUGUAGUCCUGAUUUAGGAAAAAACUCCCAUUGUCAUCAAUCGGUGUUGUGGUUGAGUUGGGAUUGCAGGAUCAGGCCCUUAAUUUGAGGUUAGAGUCUUCACACAAACAUGAUUUUGAAGGCUGAAUGCAUCAGUGACUGUCAUAUAUAGAGGAAGCUCCUGUGAUGGUUCUCAAGGUAUCCAGGACAGAGUCACCUUGUUAUCCUCCUGCCUCCAGAGAGAGGGAAACUUGCUUGUGCUUAACUGGGUGUCAGCUCCUUGACACUACCAGCCUGUUAGCCACACAAGCACUUUCUUCUGGGCAAUCCCAGUCCUUACUUUAACUUGCAGGUUAACAAUAGGUGCAGCCCAGUCCCCAAACCCUUUGAAGUGUUCUCUUGUAAUGUCCAGCCACGUAUCCACUAAACUCUCACAGAAAUACCAGGUCUUCUGUCCCAAAGAGAACAGUGUACACACCAGUUUAUAUGAUUCAACACAGGAUCAACACCUUGCUUAAUACCACAGCACUGAGAUAUAUUUAUAGUGAAAAACAACUAUAAGUUUAUUAUCAAAGAUUCAAGAGAUAGUGAGUAAGGGUAAUGGAAACACAAAGGUUACAUAUAAAACAAAAUCGUAACACUUUCUAGAAACUAAACUCAACUACUGUGUUAGCCUCCUUGUCAAAUGAAGUUUCUGACCCAAAGCCUUUUUCAACAUCUUCAAUGAAGGCUGGUUGUGAUCCCAUUUUCAUUAAUGUAAACACACUGCCCAUUUACUGCCUAAAUGCAGGAUGGUGGGGUACGUACACUCUUCCCCAAAUACGGUCCAUCAAACCUUUGAAGUAUAUCUGAAGAUUAGUUUCUCUUCCCCCUGCUGUGUUUCUGUUAGUUUCUUCCUGAAAUCCUUAUAAUCCUUCAUUUACAUUCAUCUUAGAUAGGUGAUGGAAGACCCACUGUGAAUGAGACCAUACUUAAUUUACAUUUCAACAGAGAAUACGUAAAUAAAUAUCCCUUGUCUUACAGAAAACCUGUAUCCACCCUUGCUGUGACACAGACUCUAAGAACGUAUUUUCAGUAUACAUGCAGAACUGCUUACACAGUAUUUGUACAUACAUUUCACAACAAUGACAAUGAGUAGUGUGACCCAGGUUUUCGUUUAAGACCUCACGUAACAUUCUUUGGUGAACCAGAAUGUACAUACCAGAAUCAGGAUAAUAUUGUAAACCCCGCCCCCGCCUUGCCAGUUGGCAUUGAGGAGGUCUUGGGUCACUCCAAACACCACCACUCUCAUAGCACGGGGAGAUUUUCAAAGACACAAAAAGCCUUUAGAUGCUCCACUUCCACUGAAAGUCAAUGGAAGUGGAGCAUUUAAUCUCCCAUUUAUGCCUUUGCACAUAUUCCCCAGAAUGCUUAUCACUAGGGUCCUUUAUGCCUGAGCAGAAGUAGGUGUUUCCAGCGUGACUAUCAUUAAGAACCCUUGGUCCAAUGACUUCUCCCACUCUUUUCAGAUAGGACUCAGUUGGCAGUCUUUGUGCACCCAAAAUUUUCACUGAGUUCAGAGAGAGUUUCAGUCUGGCAAGGAAGAUUAUGCCUCUCUUGAGUUAGGGCUGCUUGAAUCCAUAGAUAAAUUCUCCUCUUCACUGCCUACUUCUGGGGUUGUUUAAGGCAGAGAAUGCAUCCUUCCCUAUUCCAUAACAUUAAUCUGGUGAUUAUUGAGGCAUGUUGGAGCCCAAUGAGAUGGAUGACUCAAGAGGUGGAUAAUAGAAGAAAAAGGUGGCCCACUUCACCUUCUUUCCCUACAUAUUUUUUACAGUAUUGUAAUUUUGGUUUUAUCAAGCGACAGUAUUUAAUAGGAUAUGGCCCAACACAAAUAUAUCACAUUCAUUCUUUUUCAGCGCUGGGGCUGCUAUCACAUGACUUGUGGAAGAGCCACUUGUGGAGUCAUGAAGCAUGUGACUAAACUGUGUAAAUCCGUGGCUCCCAAAUGUUAUCCAUGAGUAUUUAUUGAUGGUUUGUAGCGAGCAGGCUGGUCCCAUGUGCCUGUCUCCUCGUUUCCAGCUGCUAAACUGAAGUAAAAGAUGCUAAAAGACAUUAAACACUUUCCUGAUAUUACUUAUCCAUGUAAAUGAUUAUAUUUGCCCCAGUGGUGUUACUCAAUUGCCAGUAAUAUAGGAGGUGGUCUGCACAGUAGUCAGUAGGAGGGAAGAUUGUCUCAAGGACCAAUCUCUCCAUUAAGAUGUGGUUCACACUGAAAAGUUUUGAAAAUCCUUUAGAUAAACAUAGGGGCGGCUCUAUAUAUUUUGCUGCCCCAAGCAUGGCAGUCAGGCAGC